CUGCAUCCUCACUGGACUCCUCAGCUGCCACUCAGUUCAAAAGAAACACCUCUUGAGAAGAAGGUUUUGAGACUUUACUACAGACUGGGAAGAUCUCCUCUAUCAGGUUUAGUUGUGGUGCCUUUUUAAAAUGGGAUUUUGGUAAAAUCGCAGUAAGAAGGAGAAUACCAGGAGGUUAUACAGUGUUCAGUGAAAACCACCUGGGAGAAGAUUAUCUUGGAGCUCUGGUUUCCUCUAGCAUGGCCCCUCUGUGAGGUGAAGCAGCUCAGUCACUUGUAGGCUGAGAGAAAUGAACGUUAACAGGUUUGUAUCCUGGUUUUGUUGAAUAUUCCCCCAUGGCGGACUGGAACCUGCUGGGGAAGCUGCUGGAGAGUGCCCAGGAACACUCCACUGUGGUUGGCAAGGUCUGGCUCACAGUGUUGUUUAUCUUCCGCAUCCUGGUGCUCGGAGCGGCCGCUGAGAAAGUUUGGGGAGAUGAGCAGUCCGGCUUCACAUGCGACACCAAGCAGCCCGGUUGUCAAAAUGUCUGCUACGACAAGACCUUCCCCAUAUCUCACAUUCGCUUCUGGGUGAUGCAGAUCAUCUUUGUCUCUACGCCUACUCUUGUUUAUCUAGGCCACAUCCUACACCUGGUCCGCAUGGAGGAAAAGGACAAGGAGAAACUCAAGGACCUUACCAUUAAGAAUGAAAAACAGCAAGUAAUUAGCAACAAGCCCAAAAAGGCCUCAGUUAAAGACAACCAGGGCCAUGCGCGUCUGCAAGGUGCUCUGCUGCGAACGUAUGUCUUCAACAUCAUCUUCAAGACUCUUUUUGAAGUGGCAUUUAUUGUAGCUCAGUACUUUUUGUAUGGAUUCGAGCUGAAGCCGAUGUACACCUGUGACCGCUGGCCCUGCCCUAAUGUGGUGAACUGCUACAUCUCUCGGCCCACGGAAAAAACGGUCUUCAUCUUGUUCAUGCUAGCAGUAGCUUCUCUGUCCCUGCUGCUCAAUCUGGUGGAAAUGUAUCAUUUAGGUUUCAAACAGUGCCACCAGGGUCUUCGCUACAGACGAUCAAAGGCAGAAAGGGAAGCUCCCAAGGCCCUAAUUGAGGGGGUCAUACCUUUUGCUCCCAAUUACACCUACUUUACAGGUCACUCUACGGUGCCCGAACCUUUCCCUGCAGACUCAAAGUACAACAUGGCAGAGCCAAACACCGCUUACAGCCCCUACAACAGCAAGGUGGUUUACAAGCAGAACAGAGACAACAUGGCUGUAGAGAAAAAAGGCAGAUCAGAGGGAGAUGAUUUAGAGAAGACGAAAACAUCCAGUCCUGUGACUGAGACUCCUGUUGAAAAUCAGCGUAGAAACAGUCAGUCCAGCAAACACAGUAACAACAAGGGCAGGUUGGAUGACCUGAAAAUCUAAGAACUUCAUGUUUAUAUCCAAGGGUCAGGGAAUAUAGGAAAAAGCCAUUAUGGCAUGUCUUAAUACAUGCAUUUUGUUAUCACCCUUUUUCAAAAUUUUGAGGCUCACAUAAACCAGGUGGCCUGAGGAUAUCCUUCGUGGGCCUAACCCUUUAGUGUUAGAGAUACCAGAAACAACUGUCCCAAUAGUCUUUGCAAAAAAAGUCUUGACUUUUUCACAUUCACACAAUAACACUUCAACUCAUUUUAUGCUCAUUUUAAGGGGUAGACCAAUAUUUUGUAUAAAAUUGUGAAAGCAUCAGAAAAAUCAGUAUCUAACAAGGCUUAGUUUGAACACUGUAAGGUGAACCUUCUCCUAUAGUCUCCAAACCUCUUACAUGUUUUCUUCUAGGAUUGCAUUACAUUUAGAUCAGACCAUUUUCCAUUUAACUUUAACAAUUUAGCCUAAACCUGCUAGAGAAAGGUAGCCCGGUAUAAUGAUGCUGCCAACACCCUGUUUCACUGGGGGCGUGGUAUGCUUGCUUAGAGUGAUGUCUAGUUUGAGUUUUCAACCACGUAGUGUUUGCCCAUUGGUCAAAAAUUUCGAUUUUGGUCUCACCUGACACUGCUCUUUUUGACAACCCUGCAAGUUUAGGUGGACAACCACGUCUUGAUUGGUUUACAGUGGUGCUAAAGGAUUUUAUGUGUUCAGAUGAUGGAUUCAUCAGUGAUUCUUGAGACAUUCAAAACCUGCAUUAUUGCUUUAUGAUCAAAUCAUAUUCUAAACUUCACUACAGCUUUAUCUUUGAUUUGUCUAGUGAACUAUUUGUUCACUAAGAAACAUCGUUCCUUCACAAAUCUGCUAUAUUUAUAGUGAUGUGUUAGAUGAUUAAAUUAAACAUAGUUGCAGCAUGUCUAACAUUUUACAUCUCAGUGAUUGCCUUUUUUUAAAUGUUUACUUACUUUUUGUUAUUAACAGUAUUGUGCAUUUGCAAAUUUCGAUGCAGACACACGCAAGCGUGUUCCUGCUGCUUUUUACAGAUAUUAUCCUUAAAUGAACUAUGAGACACACAAUUGUGUUUUUUGCAUAAGUUGCAUUUUGGGGGACAAGAUUUGUUGCAGAAAAAGAAAAUUGCUACCUUUUUUACUGCUAACAUCUCACACUUUGAUCAAUCAGAUGCAUUAGCAUUGUAUAACAGAAAUAAUUUAAAAAAAAGUCAACAGUGUUUAAUGAUGUGACUAGAUAUUUCCUUAUGAUGACUUGUAUCUAACUUUAGACUCUGAUUAAGUGGAUUGGCAGCACACAGUUGUCCAUGCUUUCAAAUAACUUUUUUUUUCUAAGAGAUAGCAUGUUUAAUGAGGGGCUUAAAAAUGUUCUUGAUUUAUUUUCAUGCAAUAGAACAAAUGACCGACGUAUUACAGAGCCGCUCACAUGUAGCCUUUCAUGCUUAGCUCCUGCUCCAGGCCGGUUUGAUAUCUGUGAGAUGAAUGUAAACUGCUGGCAUCCAAAUGUAUAAUUCAUCGUCCAGAUCAAAAAAUAUUUUUGCUGAGCUAGAGCCCAAAUUCAAGCUGAUGCUCAUAUUACCUUCUUUUAAGACGUUUCCUAGUUGAGAACUGUGUUCUUAUCAGCUGUAUUUUUGAGUCAUUCUCAGAUGCAUUGAGAAUCAGUGUAUUGUUUUUAACAGUUUAAUUUGCACUGUGAUGGCAUGAUGAAUGUAUAAAAUGUUAUUGCUAAAGAUUUGCCUGAUAUGUUUACAUUGCUUACUGGUUUUAAUGUAAAGUGAAGACUGAGUGAUAAUUCAAUUUCAAUUACAAUGUUAUUACAUUGUAACAUUUCUAAGAAGCAUUCAUCUACAGAUUUAACAGCUUGAGAAGAUUUUGAAGCACCACCACUCAGUCUGCUCUGAAUAAUACCUUCUCUAAAAUGGAAGAAUUUCAAUCGGCACCUCAUCCAUUGUCUAGUUAUACCUAACAUGGUGCCAGUGAACUUUAUGUUCAUUUAGACAUUUUGUUUUCUUUUAAAUCAAACUCUUGUUUAAGAAAAAGUCCUUUUUGAAAAUGCAUGCAGAUAUGUCUUACAAAACAACAUUAAAUACCUCUGAACCAGCCAUUUAUAUUAUUUUAUGGCAUCUUUAUUGUAUUUGCUCUGCCCUUGGAUAAUUAUGCUAAUGAUAACUAAGAAAAUAAUUGGUUGCAAAGGUU